AUGUCGAUAGCCACUGAUGUGCACCGUUCCGAGCCUAGUCGAGAAGAUGGGCCUAUCGACAGUCCCAUAUCAUUCCCAGAUCUUGAUGAGCCUCUACCGCCUGUGCUUGAACCUGCGGGUAUCUCAUCUCCUGCCCCCAGUUUUAGAGAGCAAUCGCGCGAACAGAGUGAGGACGAUAGGAGUGGGGCUCUUCCACUUUUCCUGCCGUCGCUGUCAGCAUCACCUGCACCCUCUGACCAUUCUGGUGUCCCACUUCCACCGGAGACGGACGAUGAGGUUUUAAUAGUAGAAUCCGUCCAGCGUGGUGGUUCGCCUUCUAAGAGCCGCGUAGAUUCGUUGGAUGAGGAUCAUGCACAGACAUCACUACGAAGUGUGAAGAGGAAGAAGGGUCAAAGGGUCUAUGUGUUAGUACCACCACCACCUCCUGAGCUUAGGAGGGCUAUCAAGAAACGAAAGCUGGAGGAUCAAGGCAUAGUCUCUGGCUCAGAGGAGGAAGAGUCCAAAUACAAUGAUUUCGAGCAAGCCCUCAUCGCGGACUGCGGAGUCCGAAUGGUUGAGAGACCCUGCCAGUGGAAUGGAUGUGAUGCUCUGAUGAACAGCGGCGAGAACCUCUAUUUGCAUCUCAAGUUACACGUGCAAGAGACUAGCUCUGAGGGGUCCUUUGCAUGCCGCUGGCAGUCAUGUCCUCGGAGAUUCAAGUCGGCAACAGUUUUGGAGAAACACCUACAGAAACAUGCGUACUUCCCUCUGCCAUGUCCUCUUGCAAAUUGUUCAGAUGUUUUCGAUAAACCAGUUGAGGCGAUGGGACAUGAAGUACGGCACCAGCAACAGGAAUCAAUCAAGAAGUUGGAGAUGAAACAGCCCCCAAAGCCUCUCGCGCCAAAAAUACCUCCAAUGCUAGAUCCUCCUCCCAACCGUCUACCAUCUUAUCGUGUGGAACCGAGAUACAUUCGCCAAGCUCAUAUCCCACCUCAACGCCAUGCCGUGAUUGGUCCCUGGGUUCUUCAACACAUAUUUAGCCCUGUCGAACAAAACCUGAGAAAGCAGAACGCACCUAUGCGACUCCGGUACCCGCGCCCCGACGCUCGUCCGGAGAACCUGGAUAACUUGAGGGCAAGACCGGACGAAUAUGACUUCCUGGCAUCACUAUCGACAUCACCAACGCGAACGAUCCGAUACGAGGAUCUUGAUUCUGGGAGUGUGUCACUGGCACUGCUUGACGGGCUCACGCUCUGGGAUACGGAUUCAAAUAGUGAUCGAGAAAAAUCGAAUCCCGAAGGGGAGGGCUCUGAUCCGACAGAGGACAUGGUGAUCAAGGUGCCAGAGGGAGGUGCAUCUAGUUCUGUUCCCAUGGAAGGAUCUGGCAAUUUACCGGUGGGCGAGGCCUCAACCACGAUGGACGGGAUGAUUGGUAGUGAGUGGACUACGGAGGGCGCCGUGGGGGAAGAAGAGGCUGUGAGGAUGAUGUUAUGGGAUUGA